AGUUGAGUCAACACCAGCAGAACCUUGAUUUCUUAAUAUUCAUUUGUAUAAUCUUCUUGUAUCUGACUUAUUUUAUAUUCCUUCAUUCAUUUCCGACAUUUCUUCAUAACUUCUCUCAAAGACAGGAAUUUUGAAAAUGCCACCAGCACUCUGUGCUCUCUGCAAGACAGAGAGAGCGCUAAUCAAGAGACCCAAGAACUACCAAAAACUGUGCAAGGGUUGUUUUAUUCAGAUAUUUGAAGAUGAAGUGCAUCACACUAUUACCUCGUCGCAAUUAUUCUUUCCAGGAGAAAAAGUAGCGAUUGGAGCGUCAGGCGGCAAAGAUUCUACCGUUUUAGCCUCGGUUCUUAAGACUCUUAACGAAAGACAUAACUAUGGGGUUGACUUAGUGCUCCUAAGUAUCGAUGAGGGUAUCAAGGGUUACAGGGAUGAUUCACUGGAGACAGUCAAACGCAAUGCAGUCCAGUAUGACAUGCCCCUUAAGAUAGUAGGAUAUGGUGAACUCUACGGCUGGACAAUGGACCAGGUCGUCGAAACCAUCGGCAAAAAAGGGAAUUGCACUUACUGUGGCGUCUUCCGGCGACAGGCCCUAGACCGGGGCGCAAAGAUGCUGGGGAUUAAGCAUGUUGUCACUGGCCAUAAUGCUGACGAUGUCGCCGAAACUGUUUUAAUGAACCUACUUCGAGGAGACCUACCACGCUUGUCAAGAAGCACAAGCAUCGUUACCGGAAAUGAUGCUAGUGAAGUCAAGAGGAGCAAGCCACUUAAGUACUCAUAUGAGAAGGAAAUCGUACUAUAUGCACAUCACAAAAAACUCGACUACUUCAGCACCGAAUGCAUAUAUAGUCCAGAGGCCUUUAGGGGAAGUGCUAGAAGUUUAAUCAAAAAUUUAGAGAGGGUCCGUCCUAGUGCCAUAUUAGACGUUGUUCGGAGUGGCGAGGAUAUGGCGAGACUGGUCCCUGGAGCUACACCAAGUUCCUGCAGUUGUGACGAGAAGACUACGUCCCAUCGGGCUCCCACCGAUGAAGACAAUAUAGGAGGUUGUGGCUCAGCAAACGGACGAACCAACGGUGGCGAGAUGGCAGCUAUGGAGAGGCAACUUAGAGAAACCGAAGCCGCCGAGGCAGCGGGACUCGAAACUGAAAUUACAACUACGAAGGUUAAAAGCCAACAACAUGAGAAACAAAACUCGAAUAAUGGUCAACUUAAGACGGCGGGAACCACUGUCCCCAUAAGGCUAAAACAAAAGCUAGGGACAUGUGAGAAGUGUGGCUAUAUGUCGAGCCAAAAGUUAUGCCAAGCUUGCAUGCUUCUUGAGGGCUUAAAUAAAAAUCGACCGGAAAUCACGAUAUAGACUUGGGACGGAUAAGGCGUUUCGGCAUAUUUAGAUUUGUUGC